AUGCCAGUCGUCGAGAACAGAAGCAGUCGGGAGGAGCGCCUGAAGAAGUCUGCGGAUCGAGAGAAACGCACCACUUCGCCGAAAAGCGGAACCGGGAAGGCGGUGUCACGUGACACCUCAAGACGUGCCCGCCGCACAGUCUCUUCCUCUUCCGCCUCCAGUUCGUCUGGAUCAAGGAGCAGUUCUACGGAAAGUACUAGCAGUUCCAGUGGGAGCAGCUCGAGUGGAAGUAGUUCCAGCAGUGGAAGCAGCAGUUCAGCCUCGUCCCUCAGUUCCUCGCCUUCUCCGCAAAAACGGAGGAGGCCUUCGAAUACGAGGGUCAACCGAAAGGAUUCCGGACCAGUGCGACCCCGGGACGACAAGGACACUUCACGAAGGAGGUCCCCCUCCCCACAUCGACUUGCUUCUCGUCCUGGGAGAGGUGAAUUAAGAUCGAGAUCGCGCGAAAAAGCCCGGCCGAGUAAAAAGUCCCCAUCACCACGUUCUAGAGCGGGCAGACUUCAGCCAGCUUCUCGGAACAAGGACGACAAGUACGGAGGUCGAAAGACGUCGGCAUCGCCACGUCGCGCUUCAGAGAAGAAGCCCGGUGGAGGUGACACGAGUACUGCCGUAAAUUCAGAUGAUAAGUCAGUUUCUCGUAGAAGGUCGCCAUCACCACGCCGAUUUUCGGAGAAAAAACCAACUUUAAAUGAAGGCGUCUCUCGGCCGAAGGACGAUAAGCCCUCUUCAGCUAACAAACCAUCCUCACCCCAUCGUUCGACAGAUGCGAAACGGAAUUAUGAGGAUAAAAACGGUUCUAAACCAUACACGAAGCGUUCCGCCGAAGCUCCAGCUAAAAAACCUACGACAGAACCAUCAGCAGCAAAGAAGGUAUCGUCAGAAGACGUAGCGAUCUCCUCAAGCAGCAAGCCACUCCAAACAAAGCAAGAAAACCACGAUAAUGCGGUGGCGCUUGCGAAGAAACAAGACGAGAUGCCGGUCACUAAGGAAGCCAAAAAGCAGGAGACCGAGACUGCUGCCUCCAAGACGGAGUCGAAAGAGGAUCACCUGAAGUCGGCUGCCUUCGCUUUGCCUGAGUUUACUCGUGUCAUGGUCACAAAACUUUCCAGAAACGUUACUGAGGCACACGUUUCGGAGAUAUUUUCGACUUGGGGUCAGGUGAAGUCUGUGGAGAUGCCGUCAGACCACAUGCAUCCCGAGUUCCACCGGGGCUAUGCCUACAUCGACUUCACCACCGCACAGGCUGCCUCCGAUGCGGUGAAUUACAUGAAUGGCGGCCAGAUCGACGGGCAGGAGGUUAAUGUGACCGAGGUGCUGCCACCGCCGCCCCCACGCUCCUCGCGCCAAUUCUCCCCCGUCUCCCGAAGCCGACAUCAUCAGGCCUCACCUCCGAGGCACUUUCGGAGCAGCAAUCUUCGCAAAGCUUUGUCUUCCGAUUCCUCUGCACAAAUGGUCGUGCUGGGAAAAAUUAACACCCUGGUACUGGCUCCUGCGUUGGUGGCCUCUCUGGGGGAAGGCUUCUUACGGCUCUCGGGGGUCGUGGACCGGGUCACGAUGAGCCCGUCUCUCGGGCACGAGAUGCUGAUCGUCAUCGCGGAGCAGAUGCCGCUCCGUCUGGAUCUGUCGCCACCGCUGGCACCGGAGGCACUGGCGUCAGGGACUCGAGCCGAGACCGACUUCGUCGGCGUCGUUCUCCCUCCCCCCUUUCGUCCCGAACCAUGGCAGAUCGGUCAUCGCGACCCGGCCGACGGCGCAGCAGUGGCAGUCCCUUCGCUUCGCGCGCAGGUGCCCGAGGUGGUGCUCGAUCUCCCGUUGGCAACAGUUCACGCUACCGCCGGCCAAGUGAGUACCCCAUAG